UCUUCUGAUUCACAGUCAUCAUCCGCACAAUGCUCUCCCUCUAUUGAAGUCACAUACAGAAAGAGCGAGAAAGAAUUUAUCAGGAGAAAGAACGAAAAAAAAAAAAAACAUCAACCUGCCAAAUUGUGAAGAAAAAAACUCAGAUAAAAAUACCUUUAACGGGGAGCAGCAAGUGUAGGAGACUUGCUGGUUGGCGGCCAUCGUUGUCUGCUUUGCGUGGGCACCGACAUCAGCCACCGUGUGGAAACAAGGCAACCAAAUAACAGGCUUGUUGUUGCUGGGCAACGUUGGUCAAGCAAGACAAAUGACAGCGCUGGACAGCUAGAAUGUGAGCUUUAAGGAGAGAGCAACAAACAAAACACGCACUGUGGGAACCAAACAGUGGAGGCUGGACAAACUACGUAAAAAAUUCCGCCUAGACACAUUUGUUAACUAGAGACAAAUUCGACUGAAUAUUUGGAGAAAGAGGAUAGGGAGAACAACUCGGGUGGGUUCUCAGGAGAGAACGUGCGAUGAAUGCCGUAAAUACCACCGUUUCUGCCUCUCAUCGAUCAGGAACCCCCCAGUUCGUUCAUCAUGAACACAUUGACGAGGGAUGAAGAGGAGCCUGACCAGAGUUAAAUCCUCACGACCGGACGGCGUACCCAAAUACACAAGCGGUGGGAAAAGCAAAAGAAAGAAAGAAUAAUGGAUGAAACCAACAAACGAAGAGGGCACGGCUUUCUCAGACGGAAAAUGUUCCACGACGGAGGAAGAGAAAAGCGUCGCACUACGUGCUACUGAGAAAGGCACGUCAGAUUUCCUAGCAAUUCAAUAGCAAAAAGUUUUUGCGGCUCCAGUUCUUUUCCAAAAGAGAUAUACCUGAAAAACAUGCGCGAUACGAACCACCAACGAGGGGGAGGAUUUAGUUGUAUACAGUUGAGCUUAUAUUAUAAGGCUUAAGCUGUACAAUGGCCGAUUGAUUGAACGUCAUCAUUGUCACCUUAAUGGCCGACAAUGAAAGCACAAGCUCAGCAGCUCCCUUAUAUUAGUCGCUUCAUGGUGUUACUUAACCUUCUCCGCCCCUCUCCUCGCUUAUUUCUACCUGGAUGGACACGGACAAAGAGGACGCAAGGCCCCAGCGCGGACACAUCAACAUCGAUUUCACGCGAGCCAUGAGAGAGAAAGAAAAAAAAAACAAACAUUGAAAGAGGCGCCUAGACGAAAGCGGAGAGAAGAAACCACUAGUCGGUCAAUCGUGACGUCCCGCAAAGUUAAUUUCCUUUCGGAGGGGACGAUGGAAAUGGUUUGUUCCUCCUCCUUCUUCUUCUUCUUCCUGCCCCAACAAGAAAUAGAAGCAAGAAAGAAGUGCUUUUUAGUGGUUCUCCUCCCUCCUCGAGCUGAGCCUUGUGGUGGAACAUUUUCUCAUUUUCAUGAAGAGAGACAAGCUUAUGAGGACAAAAAGAAAUCUCCAUUUCUUUCUCUUUUUUUUCUGGCCAGCACAAAGAACUGGACUAGCCAACCCAAAGAUUGAAAGGAGGCGGUAGGGAGAAAGGUCGGACCACAAGCUAAUGGAGUUUGGCAGAACUGUCUACCCCAUUUUUAAUGAUUUCUCUGACUACGCUUGCAGAUAUCGUGAGAUGAUGAUGAUGAUGGUAAUCCAGGAGCCGACCCAAACCAGUAUCGUUACGACUGCCUUGAACUCGCUCAAUUAACCCCUGCUCCUGCUGCUGUUGUUACACAAGAAAUCAAUCGAAUGGAGAGUGGGGGGGGGGAGUGUAGGAGCAUCAAACCACCGGGGCAAUAUAAUAUAUACUACUGCAGAAGGCGCAAGAGGAACAGGAAUAGAAGCUGAGGCGGAAGAAGAAAAAUAAAAAGGGGGCCGUGAGCACGGUGGAACCGCGGAGCCCUCGAGGCGAGUCCAUCUGCUUCGGAAGUGGGUGGGAGGGCUCUUCGACACCAUCAAAAACUACUCGGCAAGCAGCGAGCAGCCAGCAGGAGAGCCCGAACUGAAAAGAAAAAAAAAAGGGGGACUACACCACACCAUCUAUAGUCACCGUACUAUUUACUGCGACUGCCGUACGGUCCUCGCCAGUUCAGUCUAAGCGACGCGAGCCGAGUGAGCUCAUUCAUAAGUCGGUAACGGCUCUGACAGGCCGCACAUUUUUGUUUAUCUUGCUCUGCUCCGCGUUAACUCUUGAUCUAAAGCACAAGUGAUUCAAGUUCUCUCGUUGAUUUGGUGGUUUUUGUUUUGUUUUUCAAAACACAAGAAACACUUUGUUUUGUUUUGUUUUUUUAAUUUGGUUGCAAAUUUUGGUCAAAGCAGACGACUAAUCAGCAGACGACAAAUCGUUUGAUCACAGUGACAUUUGGAUCGUAGCAUCGUCGACAUGGCUGGAUUAAUUGCCGUCUUGUCCCUGUUGGCUUUCAUCGUGACUCCAGGAUUGGGAAUGUGUUUCUUUCCGGCCGAAUUCCAAGGCGAGUACAUGACGCAAUCGUCGUCUCGUGGUGGCGUCAACCUCCAGUACGCGCCCAUCAGCAUCCUGCCGGAAUCCAUUCCAGUUUGGGGUGUGUGUCACCGACGAUUUGGCAAUCGUGUCAUUCUCAUGGACAGGACUGGCGGUACUAAUUGCAUCCGCUGCUUCGAACUGACUUUACGUUCGCUCAACGUCGUCCAGAUCCACACGGAGGGACUCGAUAAAUGCUACACGACUGAGGAGGCGGCCAUGGCCACCUGCCCGACGGACGAAAGCAUCGCUACGGGCAAAUCGCGAGAAAUCAUGCUUUACAAGACGAAAGAAUUGACCGGCGAUCCAGUCGUUGCUCAAGAAUAUUGCCCGGUUAACGGUCGAUUUGUUUUCACUUAUUCCGUCAACGACGGCCUGGCCGAUGAUCACGUGACUGUGGCCGAAAAUGUCAGCGGAUGCCAAGAGCCCGUCUCGGAGCUCUCCAAUUGUCCGUACGGUUUCGGACUGGGACUUCGAUUCAAGCGUUGCUCCUUUGGCGAACUCGAAAUCAACUUUCAAUGCCUCGGUGAUUGGAUUGGUCACAACGGUGAACGUUACAUGGCCCUGUUGGACGUCCAGGACUCGCAGUCAACAACGACGUUGACGACGGCUGGCGGCGUUGGGAUUAUUAACGGCGCCGAACGCCGACCCCGUUAUCGUUGUGCGCUGUACAAGGAGGAUCCGGAAACGAGCAAAAUGUACGUGGCGCUAUCCAGUGAUUCGACGUGCACCAAUGACCUCAGGAGCCCCAAAGAGGGUUAUGAAACCCUGGUACUGACCAGCAUAGCCCCACCGCCAUUACCAUUCGAGGUGAGCACCAGUUCUUGCCGUUUCCCUUCAUGGGCUCAUGGCCAAUGGCAGGAUGCCUACGUCGAAGACGACACGCUCAUCUACAAGGACUUGCGCAACUUCAAGACCUACACUCUCAAAUGUAUGGUGGAUGAUAAAACUUUGCCUGACGAUCAGGGCAGGUUCGUCGUCUACGCUCGGACUCAAUGUGGAGAUGAUUUCUAUACCUGCCUGACGGUGGAGAAACGAGGCGUCAACGUCAUGGAGUUUCAAUUGGGAGCCGAGACAUCGACGUCGUACAAUCAAAGUCUGUGUCAGAACGAGAAAUUCCCGCAGGAGACGUGGGUCACUCAAGGAAGAAUCACAGUCUUCUCUGAGGAGGCGUGCCCCAUUUCCGGAGAAUACACGGGCGUGAUCCCUGACGCUGUUGGACUUUGUGCCAAAUUGUAUUCGGAUUGCCGCAAUCCUCAGCGCAUGUUUUACAGCGUCUCCAAUUGCCACAAUCUCAGCGAAGUCUAUGAAGAACGCGAAUAUCGUUGCUUAGGCAAAUUCACCGAUCGUGACCUGACUUAUACGUACACUGAGCGUCGCGACGUCUUAGGUUACGAAUGCUUUGUCGGUGUCAUCAUCAACGAUGGCGAGCUCUUUAUUAAAGAGGCCGGCGAGCAUUGCCAACGUGACGUUGAACCUCUUCGCCUCGGCAUGAAAGUCACUCGUCAAGCCACUUGUUACACGCCAAGGCCUUCGGCAAAACCAAACGCCAUCGCUACAGCGGCCACGUCAACGACCAACUUCAACACCAACAUGCAUCCAUCUGUUGUCGACUCGAACGGUGUUCACAGGCCGGCCUCAUCUCUACCGCCGCACAACGGCAUUCAACCCACAACAAUCAAAACGUGGAAACCCGUCACAGAUUCACCAAUGGGAUCAUCAGGGUACAGAAAUGUUUUUUCCUCUUCGAUGUUGCUGAUGGCUUUCGUGGCGGUUCAACUACUCGAUCGAAUAACGGGCUCGCGGUUCUAUUGAUUUUGCUGUUAUAGUGUCUGUGGGAAGGCCCCCUCCACAGUGGUGUAAAUCUGUUGUAAAUAAAGAUUAUCAGAGUGAAACGUAGAGCGAUAAUUUCCCACUCAAAGUCUAUAACGGGACUGUAUAAAAACAAAUAUUACAAAAUUCUCCAUAUAAAGCUGAUUAACGGGUACCAUUGAUACAAGUAUUGCAAAUGUCGUUUGUCGAAUUGUAUGUACCGUUGAAGAAAGUGGACCGUUUUCCUUUUUUUGUGAUUCGUCUUGUGAAACAAUAACAGGCAAAAAUGCAUGCAAAAAGUAACGCCGUUUUAGGCCUUUUUCUGAAUAAUCGAAACGCGUUGUUACAACAUACUUUUUCGAUUGUAUCAUAUUGAAUGUCAAAUACAACCGAGAAAAAUCGUAAA